AUGAUGUUGCUAGGUACUACUAGUAAGUCGAUUAUUGUGAUUGAGGAUAUAGACUGUUCCUUGGACCUCACGGGAGAGAGGGGAGUUAAAGAAGAUCAGAGCAAUGCAGAGAUUAAGAAAGUGAAGAAGAAGAAUGCAGUUACACUCUCUGGAUUGUUGAAUUUUAUAGACGGGAUUUGGUCGGCUUGUGGACAAGAGAGGAUACUUGUGUUUACAACGAACCAUUUGGGGAAACUUGACCAAGCUUUGAUCAGAAGAGGUCGGAUGGAUAUGCAUAAAGAGUUGUCUUAUUGCAGAUUUGAAGCGUUCAAGAUUCUUGCCAAGAACUAUCUGAAUCUUGAUUCGCAUCUUUUGUUGGGUGAGAUUGAGACGUUGCUGGAAGAAACGAAUAUGACACCGGCUGAUGUUGCGGAGAAUUUGAUGGUGAAAGAUGGUGUUGAUGGAUCACUCAAGGGUUUGAUCCGAGCUUUGGAACAGAUGAAGUUAAACCAACAUUCAGAUGAACAACAGAAGGAGAUUAACAAAUAA